GUUUUUGCAGCCGCUGCCUAGACGACAGACCACAAGUCAUAAAACUCGUCUCGUGUCGUCCUGACCUCGUUCGAUUUGCCCUCGAUUUUGUCGGCCAUGUUGCCCGCCGUGUGGAUGGCGAGCCUGUGUCUGUGCUUCACACUGGCCGAGGCGCACAUUUGGGCGUGGAUGCUAAACAUGCCGCACAGUCCGCCCAAAGACGGGGCCGCUGCGCUGCGGGAUGUUGCGCCCCCUGCCAGAGCCCCCACGGCGGCGUGCGACCACGACAGGGCCUGUGGGCGAGGUUUCUCCUGCGACCGCCACUUCGGCCUAUGCGUGCCCCUCCGCGGGGAGGGGCACUACUGCCGCAGGGACACCCAGUGUGCGCGGGGCCUCAGCUGCAUGUUCGGGAAGUGCCACCGCAGUAUUCCCAAUGGACAAGAGGGUGCUCGGUGCAAAGUGGACCGGGACUGCGGGGCGUCCAUGUGCUGUGCCCGCCACCACGGCGAGCGCGUGUGCAAGCGGAGGCUGAAGCGCGGCGACGGCUGCUACGUGCCCGACGGCGGCCUGGCGUUCAGCAUCAACCAGAUCUGCCCGUGCGACGAGGGGUUGUUGUGUCGGGAGAAUGCCGUCCCGCGCAGGACAGAGAGGGAUUUUGCAUACCAGGCGGAGCGCACAAGCUGGACGUGCCAAGUGCCCAAACACUAACACCGAGCUUUAUAUCAAUUACUAUUUAUUGACUCCAUUGUACAGAAUUGUGUAUAUGAAAUUUGUGUCGUUUUCUCCAUGUUUUGAUAGUUUCUUUUUAUGUUUUUAACUUGAAGCACUACACUGACCUGUUGUCAUCAUAACACGUUUGCUGUUCUCCAAUAGAACCAAUAAAGAACUGAAA